GAAAAAAUUUUCAGGUAAAAAAAUGUUAAAUUAAAAAAAGAAAGUUUGGGGUUUUGUGUCUUCUCUUCCACCUCCCUUCCCCCGCGAAGUUCAUCAAAAUUUCCUGUAAAUUAUAUUAAAUUCAUCAUCACAUUUUAACUUUGUUACAGCAGUAAGAUCUCUUCAAAUCCUCAAGAAUUUGAGUCAACAUUUCAUCUCUAUCUACAAUUAGUGACUUUCUUGUUGUGGUUACUUGAAGGCAUUUUGGACAUUGAAUGACCACCUAAUUAAUUUUAUCAAGAUUUAUUACUCUCAGCACAAUUAAGAAGAUCUUGAGAAAAGAGCAGUAAUCUAAUCAUUUAUUGAGAUUGGAGGGGAAAUAUGUCCUCGCCAGACGUUGCUGGAAUCUUAGAGCAGUCAAAAGAGCUUGAUCGUUUAAGGAAAGAUCAAGAAGAGAUACUUCUUGAGAUCAACAAAAUGCAUAAAAAGCUACAGUCAACUCCUGAGGUGGUUGAGAAGCCUGGUGAUAAUUCACUUUCAAAGCUUAAGAUGCUUUACAUUCAAGCAAAAGAACUUUCAGAAAGUGAAGUCGCUGUUUCAAGUCAGUUGUUAAGUCAGUUGGAUGCUCUAAUACCUUCUGGGCCUCCUGGGCAACAGCGAAGAAGGAUGGAAGGUAAUGAACAGAAAAAGAAAAGAAUGAAAGCUGAUCCAGAUGUGCCACGGCUUUCUCCUUCUCUUCGUAACCACCUUGAUCAUCUUGCAAGCUUAAAAGGGGAACAAGUAGCUGCUAGGGUCACACAGGAGAAUGCCGAUAAAGAUGAGUGGUUUAUUGUCAAAGUAAUUCACUUUGAUAGGGAAACAAGAGAAUUUGAAGUUCUAGAUGAGGAACCCGGUGACGAUGAAGAACCAGCUGGCCAGAGGAAGUACAAGCUGCCUAUGUCACACAUUAUACCUUUCCCGAAGCGAAAUGAUCCAUCUACUGCUCAAGAUUUCCCUCCCGGAAAACAUGUGUUAGCAGUUUAUCCUGGAACCACUGCUCUCUAUAAAGCAACUGUCGUGAAUACUCGCAAGAGGAAAACUGACGAUUAUAUGCUUGAAUUUGAUGAUGACGAAGAAGACGGAUCCUUACCUCAAAGGAGUGUACCCUUCCACAAGGUAGUCACCCUUCCUGAAGGGCAUCGCCAGUGAAUUACAUAGGUGCCAUAAACUUGCGACUCAUGAAGUUAUCAAGGUAGUUACAGGGAUGUUGUAAUUGAACUUUGUUAUGUUGUCGUCACGUCUUGUAAUAUAAUAGAUUACAUACUAUCUGCUAUUUAUUUGAUAAUUAGCAACUAUGUAGGCUAUAUGUAAAGUAAUCAAUCCAUCUAAAUGUUCAUGUCUGUUAUUUCACUGUGCUUAUGAGGGUAAAUAUAGAGAAUAUGACUAAUAUGCAUAUGAAUGUGAUGAAUAUUGUUUGAAACAGUAAAUUCACAUUCAUUUUUUCAUUCAA